AUGCGUUCCCUCUCUCUUUCGUCUUGGUAUAACAGCAUUCUCACUCGAGAUGGUCUGUUCUUUCUUUCUUUCUUUCUUUCUUUCUUUCUUUCUUUCUUUUCCCUCUCGUGCUUUCGGCGUUCCGCAUACGUCGUCAAACGGGUCCAUCCAUUCGACUGGGAGACCAAUUCUCUUCACAAUUUCACAAACACAUCUUUUCGGCCCAUAUGCCGAGACAUUUGCCAAACAUCCUACCGGCCUGCAGGCCCGGUCAAGACUAACUUUUUCGUUUACCUAUUCGUUUCCGUUUUCUUCUUGUCAUGUGGUCAAUUUUCAAAAAUACUAACUUUUUCCCAUUGUGGAUGGAAUGAGGUCAUCGACCCUCUCUCUCAUCUUCAGGGCCAGAGAAAGUUUAGUUUAAAGUGUUUCAACUUCUCCCAACUGGAAUCUAUCCGUGUAAAUCAUGCUGUCAACACCUUGACCAAAAGAGAAGGAAAGGGUACACUCUGUUACCAUUCAAUUUUAUUUGUUAAUAUCUAUCUAUCUAUCUAUCUAUCUAUCUAUCUAUCUAUCUAUCUAGUUCAGUUUAUUAAGCGUAGCUUAGACGUGGCACAUCUAUCUCAAUGUGUUCAUAAUCGGUCAAAGUAUCUAUCUAUCUAUCUAUCUAUCUAUCUAUCUAUCUAUCUAUCUAUCUAUCUAUCUAUCUAA